AUGGAUUUAGACGAAGCUGAGAAGGAAAGGUAUUUGGAACUAGAUGAACUAGAAGAACUUAGACGACAAGCAUAUGAGAACUCUAGUAUCCACAAGGAGAGAACAAAGGCAUGGCAUGAUAGGAGGAUUAGGAUGAAAGAAUUCAAGGAAGGUGAUAAGGGACCAUUUGAAGUCAUAAAAGGUUACCCGUCGGGACAUGUAGAGUUACGUGGUAAUAGUGGGGGUAGUUUUAUAGUCAACGGGCAGAGAGUGAAACACUACUAUGAGGAGGAUAGCUAUAAGGACGAGGGCAUAGAACUUGGCCCUUAUGUCGUUGAUGAAUAA